GCUGUGUGCGCAACAGGACGCACCGACUUGAAUCUGAGAAGGAAUACACUCCCUCUUCUGCUCCGAGGCCAGAUUCAUUUAAUCCAUUGUUAAAGACAGUUAAAGGGAAAAAAGCUUCAAAAGAAAUGAAAGCGUGGCAGGCUGGGUUUCUGUACUUCGUGGUGUUGAAUGCAGCUGUGCAGUAUGUGACGUCCCUGGAAGAAGAGCUCACCGAUUCUAUUUUUGGCAACUUCCUCGACCCUCUGAAAGACUUGUUUGAUCGCAAGGAUGAGAGCAAUCAAACUGUUGCAAAAUUCUCCCUCCGCAAACCGUCCCAUCCCGAUGAUGACUUGUGUUACAUCGUUCCUGGCAAAGCUGACUCCCUGGCAGCCUGCACCUUCAACAGCACCUCCAAAACCUUCCUAGUAAUCCAUGGAUGGACGUUGAGUGGUUUGUUCGAAAGCUGGAUGGCUAAGCUGGUGUCAGCGCUGUAUGAGAGAGAGCAGACGGCCAACGUCAUCGUGGUGGACUGGCUCACCUCGGCGCAGAACCACUAUGUGGUGGCAGCUCAGAACACCAAAGCAGUGGGACAGGAGAUCGCUCGCUUCAUCGACUGGAUCGAGGAAACCACCAACAUGCCUCUUGAGAACAUCCACCUGAUUGGCUACAGCCUUGGGGCCCAUGUGGCAGGAUUUGCUGGAAGCCACGCAACCAAUAAAGUCGGAAGAAUAACCGGUCUGGACCCAGCUGGUCCUGACUUCGAGGGGAUGCACGCCCACAGACGUCUCUCCCCUGACGACGCUCACUUUGUGGACGUUCUCCACACCUUCACACGGGGCUCCCUGGGCCUCAGCAUCGGGAUCCAGCAGCCUGUCGGCCAUGUAGACAUUUACCCAAACGGAGGCAGCUUCCAGCCAGGCUGUAACCUCAGGGGGGCCCUGGAGAAGAUCGCUAACUUUGGGAUAUACGCUAUCACAGAUGCAGUGAAGUGUGAACACGAGCGCUCAGUCCACCUGUUCAUUGACUCUCUGCUGAACGAGCAGGAAGCAGCCAAGGCCUACCGAUGCGGCAGCAGCGACAUGUUUAACCGCGGGAUGUGUCUAAGCUGCCGCAAAAGCCGCUGCAACACGGUGGGCUACGACAUCAGCAAGGUCCGCAAGGCGCGCAACGUUCAGAUGUACACCAAGACACGAGCCUCCAUGCCUUUCAGAGUUUACCACUAUCAGCUGAAGAUCCACUUCUCCAGCAAAGUUAACCGUUCAGAGAUGGAGCCUUCACUCACUGUCUCACUGUACGGAACAAAGGGGGAGGCUGAAAACCUGGAGCUUAAACUAAAGGAGAAAAUUGCAACAAAUAAGACACAUUCAUUCCUGCUAGUGACGGAAAUAGAUAUCGGAGAUCUCUUGAUGUUGAAGUUUAAAUGGGAGGAGACAAACGGUUGGUCCGCCUCCAACAUGUUGAAGAUGGUUUCUUCUUGGUGGUCUGGUGACACCGACAACGCUAAUAUGGAAGUUCACAAAAUCCGCAUCCGAGCUGGCGAGACCCAACAAAAGAUGGUUUUCUGUGUAAAAGACCCCGAAGCUCAUAAAUUAACAGACGAGGUCACAUUUGUUAAAUGUAAGGAUUUGUGGAGGAGGAACUCAAAACGAACUCCAAAAAGAAUAACUCUGACCACUGAGAACCACUGACCUUAAAGAAGAGACUCCACUGUUGGACGCCCCUCCGUCCAUUCAGCACUUAGUAAAUAAUUUAUACACCUGUAACUUAUUUUAUUUCUCAAAUUAUACAACACUCUCACUGCCUUGUAUAUAUCCACAAAAGUAUGUUUGUUAUUUAAAACAAUAUGUAUGUGAAUACUGUAAAAUAUUUUGUAAAGAGCUGUUUUUAUGACACGUAUCUGUAACUUCAGUGUUGUACAAAAAGUGAAUGCCGUCAUCUUUGGUGCAGCUUUCGUUUCCAAAGAGAUGGAUACAUACAAACUCACUUCAGACCCUCACAUACUGAGAUGUUACCUUCUGCAGGUACUGAUGUCCCAUUGUGUAAAAUACCUCAAGUUAAAUUUCAUAUUUAUACCAACCACUGUGAAGGAUACUGUCCUCCUGGUGACCAUGGAGGUCUGCAGUCUGUGGCCUCUUCUCAAAAAGAGGGGAACGUAACCAUUAAGAUGAAUUUCUUUAGGUGUUUUAUGCAAUAGGGUACACUUAUACUUUAUCUACCUUUAUGUAUUAUCUGAAUAAUACAUAACCUAACCUAGAGCAUUCACCACUGUGGCUCUCAGCACUGUAUGUGACUGUGGGACCUGUAUCAGUGUGCCUUAUUGUAAACAGUCGCCACAAGUAAGUUAUUGCAAAUUGUCUUACCUUGGCGCUUUUGUUGCUGUUUUUCACCUCAGUGUGCUAUGUUAUUGUCGUUCUAUGAACUUGUACUGAAACCUCUGAACAUGCAAAAGUCGUUUGUGUUUUAAACACUUUUUUACUGCUACACCUCUGCAAGAUGUUACUUUGACACUUUUACCUCAAAGAAGACAUUUUGUCUACCUUAGUUCUAUUAAAAUGGGUACAUUUGUUGAGGAACGUGAUGCUCAUUGUGAGGUAGAAGGCACAGUUAAUAUCAGUGUUGUCCUUUUGUUGUGCUGUCUAUCUUGAGUUUCUUCUGUGCAUGUGACUUUUUAAAUCUUGACUAAUGCUCUUUUAUUCAUAAUUACAUUUCCAGUUCUGUAAGAAAUAUGUAACGUUUAGAGAGGCUCUGUAGAGAUCGGUACUGUAAUCAUUGUGACUUCAUUUCCACCUACUUGACAAAUGUGGAAAUGUUUUACUUUUGCACUGAAAACAGGGGAAGAGAUUGUUAAACCAAGUUACUUGUACAGUUAUGUAAAUACCAUUAUACAGAUGAUAGAUUUUGUAGUAUGGAACACUGUUAGUUGUAUAUUUUUACCUCUGGACGAAUUUAAUCUGUAAAAUGUGCAUUUCUAUAAUCUUUUGUAAAUAUUCACUGUACUGUGUAAAUUCUUUAAUAAACAAAAAUUGCCAUCAGAAA